AUGCUCUCCCGCGUGCUGGCAGUCUUCGCACAGCAGGAUGUCGACUUAACCAAGAUCGAAAGCCGACCGUGGAACCAUCAAGCAUCAAUUUCUUAUGAAUAUCCGGAGAUGAGGACAAAUAAAUACCAGUACCUCUUUAUCGCAGACGGUGAGACGCGCUUUCGCCUUCCCCCUCAUGGCUUUUCUGCAGCAUCGAUUUUUGUUCAACUCGGAAAGAGGUCUACCUCGUCCUCUGUGCCAAGUUGUAACCUUCAGCGCCGCCAGGAUUGUGAUGUAGAAUUGAUAGAUUUUCAUGAAAGCUCGAUUCAAACUGGAAUCGCGUGUGCUGGCUUUAUGUUCUCAUCGGCCCUUUGGUGGUUGACGCAGCUGUCGUACUUCGCGUAG